UAAAAUCGGUUAUGAUUUUUAUCGAAUUCUUGAAUGAUGUGCGUGUGGUGUGACUAUCAAGAGUAGUAGAGCUGCUCCUCCAAUUCCACCACGUUCGUGAACGCGUUUGGUCGUUUUCAAGGAUUGGCGAAGGUUGUCUGAAGAAUCGGUAUAAUGGGGUUUCUUCAGCUACUUUCGGUAGCUUCUUUCCCGGUUAUCAAAGUGUUACUGGUUACUGCAGUUGGCUUGUUUCUUGCACUGGAUGACGUAUCAUUAUUGGGAGAAGAUGCAAGGAAGAAAGUGAAUCAGCUUGUGUUUUAUGUGUUUAAUCCUCCACUGGUGGCUGUCAAUCUGGCCAGAACGAUUACCUUGGAGAGUGUUGUUCAGUUGUGGUUCAUGCCGUUCAAUAUUCUUUUCACAUUCAUAGCAGGCUCGGCCUUAGGAUGGAUUUUGAUUAAGAUUACAAGGCCUCCCCAACACUUGGAAGGUCUCAUCCUGGGUUGCUGUUCUGCUGGAAAUUUGGGGAACUUGCCUAUUAUCAUUAUUCCUGCUAUGUGUAAAGAGAGUGGGAGUCCUUUUGGAGACUCUGAUGUUUGCUAUCAGUAUGGGAUGGCUUAUGCUUCACUUUCCAUGGCGAUUGGAGCAGUUUAUAUAUGGUCAUAUGUUUACAACAUAAUGAGGAUUUCCGCAAAUAGAAUCCAAAAAGAAGACGCUUCAAGUAAUGCCAACGGCACAUUGAAGGCUUCAGGGGAAGCAUCAGAGUCACAUUCACAUCAUUUUUCACAAACACUUAAUCCUACAAAAGAUGCUACAGAUGAUGCAUAUACCUUACUGCUUCCUGAAGCAGAAUCAAAGGAGAAAUUUUCAAUCUCAAGUAAAGUUAAGAACUCCAUGAGGGUGAUUUCAAGCAACUUAAAUUUGAAAGCUGUGUUUGCGCCAUCAACCAUUGGAACUAUUAUUGGAUUUGCGAUUGGUAUAAUCUCCCCAUUACGUCAUUUAUUUAUAGGUAGGGAUGCUCUGCUUAAUGUGGUAGAAGAAUCCACUUCCAUGUUGGGUGAGGCAGCCAUCCCUACACUGACCCUUAUAAUGGGUGCAAACCUACUUAAAGGUUUGAAAGGAUCAAGCGCUCCAUUGUGGACAGUUGUGGGAAUUGUAGCAGUAAAAUAUAUUUUCCUCCCACUUUUGGGUGUGGCAGUUGUGAAAGCAGCUAUACGUUUCAGUUUGGUGCCAUCAGAUCCUUUAUAUCAAUUUGUGCUUCUGCUUCAACAUGCACUUCCCCCAGCCAUGAACUUAGGGACAAUAGUUCAGUUGUUUGGAGCUGGAGAAAGUGAGUGUUCUGUUAUCCUGCUAUGGACAUAUGCUUUGGCGUCAAUUGCUGUUACUCUUUGGUCAACUUUCUUCAUGUGGCUGGUGUCUUGAUUUUGUAUACUAAUAUUAUUGUUGUUAUCAUAUUUAUUUAUUUUUUAUU